AACGACGUCGUUGGUUCUUGGAUAAAAUUAUCGAAGAGGUCACAAAAACAAGAAUGGCGAACGCAGAGAGCAGUAGCAGAAGCUCAAGAUGGUCCCUCAAGGGAUUCACUGCUCUCGUCACCGGCGGAACACGUGGAAUCGGACAUGCUAUCGUGGAAGAACUCGCUGAGUUUGGUGCCACAGUCUACACUUGUUCUAGGAACCAAGAGGAGCUGAAUAAACGCUUAAAUGAGUGGAAAGAGAAAGGUUUUUCUGUUUAUGGAUCUGUUUGUGAUGCAUCUUCUUCUUCUCAAAGAGAGGAGCUUAUUCAAAAUGUGGCUUCUUCUUUCAAUGGCAAACUCAACAUAUUUGUGAACAAUGCUGGAACAAAUGUGAGGAAGCCAACAAUCGAGUAUACGGCCGAAGAUUAUUCGAAAGUGAUGACUACUAACUUGGAUUCUGCAUAUCAUCUAUGCCAACUGACAUAUCCUCUUCUUAAAGAAUCUGGAAAUGGAAGCAUUGUUUUCAUUUCCUCUGUUGGGUCUCUGACAAGCGUAGGUACUGGAAGCAUCUAUGCAGCGAGUAAAGCUGCAAUCAAUCAGCUGACAAAAAGUCUUGCUUGUGAAUGGGCGAAAGACAACAUAAGGAGCAACUGUGUCGCACCCUGGUAUACAAAAACACCACUUGUGGAACAUCUAAUUGCUAACGAAGAGUUUGUGAAUCAAGUACUAUCUCGAACACCAAUAAAGCGUAUAGCAGAAACACAUGAAGUGUCUUCCUUGGUGACUUUCCUUUGCCUGCCAGCUGCUUCCUACAUCACUGGCCAGAUUGUUUCUGUUGAUGGAGGAUUUACUGUGAAUGGGUUUCAACCCAGCAUGAGGAUUACCUAAUGCACUGGAUGUGAUUUGUUUAUUUUCAACACAAUAAUGCUAUUCGUCAAGUUUUGGUUUAAUAGGAUCUGGCUUUCAGUUUGUCAUAUAUCAUUUUGUUUUCUGAAUAGUAUUCCUGAUGAUGUUCAUUUACUAUGACUACUCUUGGAAGGAACAAAUGAAAAAGGCACCAUGUCAUGUCAAUUGCAAAUUCUUAAAAUGUUCCGUUCUUAUUGGAUC